UAAAAUCGCGUCCUGGCGCCGCCCCUCGCCACUCACUGACAGCUGAACAGCCAGCGUCUUUGUCCCACUUGGAAAAGCCGAUCAAGUCCGUCCAACACUCAACAUGGCUCCAUACACCAUCACUUAUUUUGCUGUGCGAGGGCGAUGCGGUGCCAUGAGGAUCAUGCUGGCUGAUCAGGGUCAGGAGUGGAAGGAGGUGGUUAUCAACUAUGAGAAUGACUGGAUGAAGGGAGACCUCAAGGCCACCUGUGUGUUUGGGCAGCUCCCCAAGCUCCAAGAUGGAGACCUGGAGCUCUUCCAGUCCAACGCCAUAUUGCGGCACCUGGGCCGUACCCACGGUGCAUAUGGCAGCAACAACAAAGAGGCAUCCCUGAUUGACAUGAUGAAUGACGGUGUGGAAGACCUCCGCCUUAAAUACGGCAAGCUGAUCUAUCAGGAAUAUGACACCGGAAAGGACCAGUACCUCAAGGAUCUCCCUGACCAUCUGUCCAAAUUCGACGCGUACCUAGCCAAAAACAAGGCUGGUUUCUUGGUCGGAGACAAGGUGUCAUUUGCCGACUACAGUCUGCUUGAGGUGAUGUUGAACCACCAGGUGUUGUGUGCCACCUGUCUGGACAGCUUCCCGGCCCUGAAGGCCUUUGUGGCCAAGAUGUCCGCCCGUCCCAAACUCAAGGCUUUCCUUGACUCCGAUGACUGGAAGAAAACGCCCAUUAACGGCAAUGGGAAACAGUAGUAACAUACUGACUUUUGGGCUCCUGUAGUCAAACGUAUACCCUUUAACAUUGGCACUUAAAAAGAUGAAGACGGCCUGCCUCUUUAAUAACUUGUUUGUGUAUUUAACGACUUGUGUUUUUGUAGACAUUGCUAACCAUCGUUUCAUACGUUUUUUACACUUGCAAUAUUCUGUUCUGACUAAUGUGACUAAACAAAUCAUGAAAUUGAAAGAAAGAAAUAUAGUUGCAUCAUUA